ACUCGGGCUGGGGGCGGGCGUGUAGCGGUCAUGGGCACGGCCGGAUCUAGCUCUUGAGCGGGGCCCCGGGUCAAACACCGGUUUGUAGGGCCCCUACCGACCGUUUCAUCAUUUCCACCCCAGGCGCCCGGAAACCGACUGGUACUCUACGGUCUAAACGACUCAACAGGAUCCAGUGGACAAUCGACAGAAGAGAGGGAUCGGAAUCUCUUGAGAAGCCCGCCUCACCAGUCCGGCCAGACAGAAGGAACGAGGCGGAAGCUGCCGAGGAGUCUGGAGGGACUCCUUGUCCGGGGCAGUGCUGCUGCAUUCUUCUUUCGGGAAGGGAGGGGGGAGAGAAGCUGUGGCUGAACAGAAGCCAUGCACCGCUUAAGGACUACAGUUGCAAGGCUCGGGCCUUUAACGGCUGCACAGACAGCCCAGAGCCUAUCACAGCCCAGGUUGUUGGCGCUCGAAGGGGGUUUAAGGACGUUGCAGCCCGCGAGACGCUUGAACUCAUCUGUGGCUGCCGAGCCCUUUCUCAAUGGCACCAGCUCUAACUAUGUGGAGGAGAUGUACUUUGCGUGGCUGGAGAAUCCCAGGAAUGUGCACAAGUCCUGGGAUAUAUUUUUCCGUAACGCUAAUGCAGGGGCUCCCCCUGGUGUGGCCUACCAGAGCCCCCCGCCCCUCACCGGGACGUCUCAGGGACUGGCCGGUGUCCAGGCACUGGUGGGGGCUCAGCCCAAUGUGGAGAAGCUGGUGAAGGAUCAUCUAGCCGUACAGUCACUCAUACGAGCAUACCAGGUACGAGGGCAUCACAUAGCGAAGCUGGACCCCCUGGACAUCAGCUGUGUAGACUUUGACGAUGCCCCCUGUACCGUUGGUUUCCAGAACGUUGAGAUCUCUCAUUAUAAAGAACAUCUUUGUAAUCUGAAUGCCGAAGGUUUUUACGAGCUGGCUGAAUCCGACUUGGACAAGGUGUUCCGCCUUCCCACCACCACCUUCAUCGGCGGAAACGAGAGCGCUUUGCCACUCAGAGAGAUUAUACGGCGCCUUGAGAUGGCCUACUGUCAGCAUAUUGGGGUGGAGUUUAUGUUCAUCAAUGACGUGGAGCAAUGCCAGUGGAUCAGACAAAAGUUUGAGACGCCGGGAAUCAUGCGGUUCAGCCCGGAGGAGAAGAGGACUCUGUUGGCCAGAAUGAUCCGAUCCACCAGGUUUGAGGAGUUUCUCCAGAGGAAGUGGUCAUCAGAGAAACGCUUCGGUCUGGAGGGCUGCGAGUCGCUCAUCCCGGCCCUCAAGACCAUCAUCGACAAGUCCAGUCAGAGCGGAGUGGAGAGUGUGAUCAUGGGAAUGCCUCACAGGGGUCGGCUGAAUGUGCUGGCUAAUGUGAUCCGCAAGGAGCUGGAUCAGAUCUUCUGCCAGUUUGACUCUAAACUAGAGGCUGCAGAUGAGGGAUCGGGCGACGUGAAGUAUCAUUUGGGGAUGUAUCACAAGAGGAUGAACCGGGUCAGCGACAGGUACAUCACGAUGUCACUCAUGGCGAACCCGUCCCACCUUGAGGCAGUGGACCCGGUGGUGCAGGGGAAGACCAAAGCUGAGCAGUUCUACCGUGGGGACACUGAGGGCAAGAGGGUGAUGUCUGUUCUGCUUCAUGGUGAUGCUGCAUUUGCAGGCCAGGGCAUCGUGUACGAGACGUUCCACCUGUCUGACCUGCCCUCCUACACCACCGGCGGCACCAUACACGUGGUGGUCAACAACCAGAUUGGCUUCACCACAGAUCCCAGGAUGGCUCGUUCAUCCCCGUACCCUACCGAUGUAGCUCGGGUCGUGAAUGCUCCCAUCUUUCACGUCAAUGCAGAUGACCCAGAGGCUGUGAUGUAUGUGUGUAAUGUGGCAGCCGAGUGGAGGAACACCUUCCAUAAAGACGUGGUCGUAGACCUGGUGUGUUACAGACGUAACGGCCACAACGAGAUGGAUGAGCCCAUGUUCACCCAGCCCCUGAUGUACAAGCAGAUCAAGAAGCAGAAAGGGGUCCUGCAGAAGUUUGCCGAGAAACUCAUCGGCGAUGGAGUCGUCACAACACAAGAGUACGAGGAGGAAGUAGUGAGGUACGACAAAAUUUGUGAGGAGGCGUACACUCGCUCCAAAGACGAGAAGAUCCUUCACAUCAAACACUGGCUAGAUUCACCAUGGCCUGGUUUUUUCACGCUGGAGGGUCAGCCUAAAAGUAUGAGCUGCCCUUCGACAGGCAUCAGUGAAGAGGAGCUCGGCCGCAUUGGAAACAUCGCCUCCUCUGUCCCGGAGGAAGACUUCACCAUACAUGGAGGUUUGAGUCGCAUCUUAAAGGGUCGCGCAAACAUGGUGAGUCAGCGAGUGUGUGACUGGGCUCUCGGGGAGUACAUGGCCUUUGGCUCUUUGCUCAAAGAUGGGAUCCAUGUACGUCUCAGUGGACAGGAUGCGGAGAGGGGCACGUUCAGCCAUCGACACCACGUUCUUCAUGACCAGAACGUCGAUAAGAGGAUCUGCAUCCCCAUGAACUACAUCUCCCCUGAUCAGGCUCCAUACACUGUCUGCAACAGUUCCCUGUCUGAGUACGGAGUACUGGGUUUUGAAUUAGGCUUCGCCAUGGCCAGUCCCAACGCGCUGGUUCUGUGGGAGGCCCAGUUCGGAGACUUUCAUAACACAGCCCAGUGCAUCAUCGACCAGUUCAUCAGCUCAGGCCAGGCCAAGUGGGUCAGACAGAACGGCAUUGUGCUGCUGCUUCCUCACGGCAUGGAGGGAAUGGGUCCGGAGCACUCGUCCGCCCGUCCUGAGAGGUUUCUACAGAUGUGCAAUGAUGACCCAGAUGUUUUCCCUAAACCGUCAGAGGACUUUGCAGUGCGUCAGCUGUACGACUGCAACUGGAUCGUCGUCAACUGCUCUACUCCUGCAAACUACUUCCAUGUUCUCCGCAGACAGAUCCUGCAGCCCUUCCGGAAGCCCCUGAUAGUGUUCACUCCCAAGUCGUUGUUGCGCCACCCUGAGGCCAAGUCCAGCUUCGAUGACAUGCUACUGGGCACCCACUUCCAGCGGAUAAUCCCGGACGACGGGCCUGCCGCUGCCGGCCCGGAAAAGGUGAAGAGGGUGAUAUUCUGCACUGGGAAGAUCUACUACGAAGUGACCCGGGAACGCAAGAACAGAGGCAUGGACGAGGCUGUAGCCGUUGUCCGCGUCGAACAGCUCUCACCGUUCCCCUUCGAUCUGGUGAAAGCAGAGACUGAUCGCUACCCCAAUGCCGAUCUAGUCUGGUGUCAGGAGGAGCACAAGAACCAGGGCUACUACGACUAUGUCAAGCCCCGCAUCCGGACCACCAUCAACCGCACCCGCCCCGUCUGGUAUGCUGGUCGUGAGCCUGGAGCAGCUCCAGCGACUGGCAACAAACAAACUCACCUCAUGGAGCUGCAGCGUUUGCUGGACACAGCGUUCGAUCUGGAGGCGUUCUCAGGAAAACUGUGACAACUCGACAGGUGCCCCCUCCGC